AUGUACACAGCCAUCGCACUCAUAGCCCUCUUGCUCACCAUCACGACCACAACCACCACCUCAGCCUCGCCCAUAACACGUCACCUUUCCCGUCGUGGUCUCCCUGGCGCCUACUAUACUUGCACAAAACCCAAUUUCGCUGGCGACUGCAGCUGGACGCAACCCAAUACGGAAUGCCACAUUCAAGGUAGCCCCGGAGGUAUCGCAUCAAUCGGUCCAGAUCAAGGUACUGUAUGCUCGCUCUUUAAGACGGCUGUGUGCACAGGAGAGUCGCUCAAGGAGGUAACCUUUCCUGGUAUUGCCAUUAAUAUGCCGGAAAUUGGAAGCUUCCAGUGCUCCAGGCAGACGAGUAAUGAUGGCAAGGGUGGGAAGACCGCAGGUCAGGCUGGGACGCUUACAAAUGCAGACGUCCAGGCUGCUGGUUUAGAAAUUGGUGACUUCGGGUUAAAGACGGUGAAGACGGAGGGGAGGGAGCAGGGCAUGAUCGGUUUGAAGAAGGGCGUUUACUAUUGA